AUGGCGAAACAACGUACGAAAAAGCGCACACAUGUCGGCGCCGCAAACCCCAAACACCAGGCACCGCCGACUGGCCGUUCUGCGGCCUCAGACCCCAAGAGCAUGGUCAUUCGCAUUGGCGCUGGCGAGGUCGGUUCUAGUGUCAGCCAGUUGGCCAAAGAUGUUCGUCAAGUCAUGGAACCGGGUACCGCUAGCCGCCUGAAAGAGCGCCGUGCAAAUCGGUUGCGAGACUAUGUCACUAUGACCGGGCCAUUAGGUGUCACUCACCUCCUACUAUUCUCGCGAUCCGAGUCUGGCAACACAAACUUGCGAGUCGCUACCACCCCGAGAGGCCCAACACUGCAUUUCCGAGUUGAAAAAUAUUCUCUGUGCAAAGACGUGCGUCGUGCCCAGAGACAUCCGAGAGGUGGUGGCAAGGAAUACACCACACCCCCAUUGCUCAUAAUGAAUAACAUCUCUACUCCCAACUCAGACACUCACACCCCUGUUCCUAAACACUUAGAAACCCUUACGACUACCAUUUUCCAGUCGAUGUUCCCACGUAUAAACCCACAAACGACUCCUCUUAAGUCAAUACGGCGCGUGCUUCUAAUAAAUAGAGAACCGGCCACCGACAAGAACGAUGGGUCGUUUGUCCUAAACUUCCGACACUAUGCUAUAACUACCAAAGCUGCUGGCAUCUCUAGGCCACUUCGGAGGCUUAAUGCUGCCGAGAAAAUUCUUAACGGGAAAAAUGGCCGGAAAGGAGGUGUGCCGAAUCUCGGAAAGCUUGAGGAUAUUGCCGAUUUCAUGAUUGGUGGUGAGAACGGAGAAGGAUACAUGACAGAUGCCACCAGCGGAAGCGAAAUGGACACCGAUGCUGAGGUUGAAGUUUUGGAAGAUGCACCUCGGAAAGUCUCUACUAAGGCUCGUGCCGCUCGUGAAAAUGGAGACGAUCACGCCGAAGACGAUGAAAGGGUAGAGCGACGCAAAGUCAAACUGGUUGAACUCGGACCGCGCAUGAAGUUACGAAUGACAAAGGUUGAAGAAGGCAUGUGCUCAGGAAAAGUUAUGUGGCACGAGCACAUUCACAAAUCUAGACAAGAGGUGCAAGAACUAGAUAAGCGAUGGGAGACUAGGGCAAAAGAAAAGGAAGCCAGGAGAAAGGAGCAAAAGGCUAAUGUGGAGAAGAAGCGGAAAGAACGCGCAGCCAGCGGGGCGAAAGGCGGUGCAAAGGGCGACGGGGAUGAAGAUGAUGAUGAGUUCAAUGGUAAUAACAGCGAUCUCUUCGAUGAGAUGAUGGAAGAGGAUGAAAUUGACAGUGAAGGACUGGCUGGCGAUGGCGAAGAGGCAUUGAAUGAGGACAUGGAUGAAGACGAGUGGGAAGAUGAAAGGGAUGAGAUUGCUGGUUCGUAA